AUGGAGAAAGACGAUGACUCUGAGUACUACGCGUUUCCUGUGGAAAUGCUGUUCAAAGCUCAGCCAGGCCUCGGCUCACCCAUGGCCGCACGCAGAGAGGAGAAUAUGGAAGGGCUGGCUCGGCAGCAACACUCCGAAAUGCAGGCUUGGCAGCGGGAUGCUGAGAGCGCUGCUGCGACCGCUCACUUGGGUGAGGCGGAUAAAAUACAACCGUUGGCGGCUCUAAAGUCGCAGCAUAACGCGGCUAGCGAGUGCGCGGAGUCAGUGAAGAUUCCCCAGUCGGUGCUGGAAGCUCUGGACGUACCUCCACCAGCGCUCCAGCUGGAGCAACAUGGCAAGGUAGGAGAAGGAGGACAACGCGUUCCCGAAAGUGAGGACGUCGUCGGUGGGGUUAGAGUUCAACUGGGGCCUGGAGAAUGUGAUGACGUUUUUGACAAGAGGCACUCGAGAACUACAGUGAGCACGGUUCAACUUGGGCUAGCUGCAGGGAGCACGGUUCAACCUGGGCUAGCUGCAGGGAGCACGGUUCAACCUGGGCUAGCUGCAGGGAGCACGGUUCAACCUUUGCUAGCUGCAGCGGCGACUGCAGCACAAGCUGAUGUCAAUGCAGGGUGUGCAGGGGAGAGCACUGUGGACAAAGCACAGCCAGCACAGUUAGCAUCAGGAACCGCCACCUCUCGAGUACAGAACCUCCCAGCCUUGGGCAGCACAACGACUGACUUUGCCAUAAAAACAGGUGCUGGUAGAGUCCCGGACACGUCGCCAGGUGUAGUGGGACAACAGGCUGAUGCGGCCCAUAUCAGCAGUGGGGUGCGGCAUUCAAUAGCACCACCACCACCUGGGUCACAUGAUGAGGGCACAUCAACGGAUAUGACGUCAUCUGCCCAACAGCAAAUCAGUUCACCAGGUUUCCAACUGAAGUACUCACCCUCGAGUGCCUCACAAGAUAAGCCAGAGGGAACUGGCGCUGACCAGCCAGAAGGCGAGUACACACCCGGAGAAUUUUCACGGCGACAAAGAGCGGCAGCGAGCAAGCCCAUUCCUGGCAGCGGUGAUGGCCAUGUUGAGUCAAGACGCAUCCCCGUACACGCCACAUCACAUGUUGGCUCGGCGGAUAAACACAGCCCUGUGAGCUUCUCCAACACACUCGCAUUGACAGCGGCCACAGCAGACGAACAUGAAGACGUCCAUCAAGAUAAACUGGUUUCGCAGAGUGCCUCAAGCACCCUCGCCACAGACGAUGUGAAGGUACAGAUCAGAAGCACGGACAGUUCAAGACAAGCAUAUGAAGUCCAGCAUCGUCAAGGGCACACAGGCGUACACACAGCGCUCACUGAGCUGCACACCAGCGGAACCAACAACCCACCCGUUUCUGCGCACUCUGUCGAACUCGGCCGUGAACAGUCUGGUUUGGUGUCCAUGGCAACCACUCUGUCUGCCCUCACUCUGCAUGCUGUGACGUUGACAGCCCCCGCUGGAAGUAUUAGUCGUACGCCACACUCGGAUCCUGGUCCAGACACGAGUGCUGUUGAGUUUCAGAGCGAGCAGGGCAUCGCGCAUGGAUCACUAUUGCCCAGUUCUGUUGGCGAACCACCCGUGUCACUUUCAACAAAGAGUGGAGAUUUCAGAACGCCACACGCAGAUAGCACUCCAAGCUCGACAACAAUGAAGACGGUCUCUGAAAAGGAACCAGCAAGUUCCAGCCCGCCCAGUGCCUCGAGUCUGCUGCUAAACAUGUCCACACAGUCUUCAAGAAGCGCUACUGGCACAGCCACUGUUGACUCACCACAUGCGGCACAGGAAUCAAGCUGUACAUACUCUCCAGCUGUCACAUGGUCAUCUACCAGCAUCAACAGUAGCAAGUCUACCAUCACCACUGAAGAAUCUGCCAUCACCAGUAGCAAGUCUGCCAUCACCACUGAAGAAUCUGCCAUCACCAGUGAAAAGUCUGCCAUCACCACUGAGGAGUCUGCCAUCACAACUGAGGAGUCUGCCAUCACCAGUGAAAAGUCUGCCAUCACCACUGAAGAAUCUGCCAUCACCACUGAGGAGUCUGCCAUCACCAGUGAAAAGUCUGCCAUCACCACUGAAGAAUCUGCCAUCACCACUGAAGAAUCUGCCAUCACCACUGAGGAGUCUGCCAUCACCAGUGAAAAGUCUGCCAUCACCAGUGAAAAGUCUGCCAUCACCACUGAAGAAUCUGCCAUCACCAGUAGCAAGUCUGCUAUAACCAGCGAAGAGUCUGCCAUUACCGCUAGCAAGUCUGCCAUCACCAGUGAAGCGUCUGCCAGCAGCCUUACCAGUAGCAAGUUUGCUGGCGUCAUUAGUGGCACGGCUGCCAGCAGCAGUAGUAACGCCAGUGGCAAGUCUGUCGGCACUAGUGAAAAGUGUGCCAUCACCAGUGAGAUAUCUGCCACCAGCCUCAGUAGCGUCAGUGGCAAGUCUGCCAGCAGCCGGACUGGAAGCAAGUCUGCAGGCAGCAGCAGUGGCAAGUCUUUCAGCAGCGGCAGCAGUGGCAAGUCUGCAAGUGUCACUCGUAGAGAGUCUGCCCGCAACGUCAGCAGCAAGUCUGCAAGUGGCACUCGUAGAAGGUCUACUGGAAGUGCUAGUGGCAAGUCUGCAAGUGGCACUCGUGGAAGGUCUGCUGGUAGCAGCGGCGGCAGCAUUAGCAAGUCUCCUGGCGGCAUCAGUGGCAAGUCUGGCCGGCUUGCUACCGGUGGGCCCAAGCUAUCGACUGUCGGCGGCCCCAAGCUGUCUACAAUCACCGAGUCGUAUCUGGAAGGACAUUCUCAUUCUGCAACUGUGAAAGCGGAGAAGUCUACCAUUGUGCCAACCAUGCUGGCCAGCGCUGCUACCGUCAGCGCUGCUACAGCCAGCUCUGCUACAGCCAGCGCUGCUACAGUCAGCGCUGCUACAGCCAGCCCAUCAAAGUGCAUACCCGUCAUCACUGUACAGCCACCCACCACCGAAGAAGAAAGCCAAACGGAAGCGGAGCGUAAGCACGGCAAGCAACCGAUCAUCAAGCCAAGAUGGGCUAGCCUGCCAACAACCAAUCCAAGAUUUCUCUCCCCCAAGCUCCGCAAAACCAAGAGUACAUCGUCGAAGCGAAAGUUAACCACCACCGUGAGGUCACCGCCGAAAGGCGCCCAACUCGAAACGUCACCAGUGACAACGAGCACUCCGAAACCUGCCGCGUCCCGGUCGACAGUGCGCUCUCGCAGUAUGACCGCCCCGGCAGCCGUAUCCACGACGAUGGUUGAUAGCAGGGGUAGGGUGGUUGCGCGCAAGACACUGCUCCAGGCUCGUUUGGACAGUGUAAACCGGCAAGCAUGGGCUGAACUAGCUGAGAAGGACAAGCAGCCCACAGAGACCAUGCCAGAUCAAUCCCCGGUCACGACAUCACGUUCUCAUCAUCCCAGCACAGUCACUGGCACACUGUCCGUAGCAGAAGAUGACGUGUUUGGAUUUGCCAGGGAAUCCACCGGUACGCCAGAUCGAGUUCUGUAUGGUGGUGGUGCCACUCGUGAUGCCCUGGGGCAAGAGCCCACGGAUAGAUCUCUGCUUCGCCGCUCCUUCCGCCGUGUCUCCGCCUGGGGUCAGAAACGGUUGUCAUCGGGGACUGGCUCACGUGUCCGGGAAACUGAUGACGUAGACGCUGCUGCUGCUGGUGUGGCUGCGCAUCAAACUGGUUCCGCUCCAACGACGCCUGUCCAUUCUCGUGGAGGUAAAUCACCAUCACAGCUUAGUCUCAAUGAUUCGACGUCGUCGUUUCGCAGUGUGACAUCCCCGCUGAUAUCGGAGAGUCCCACAACGACCGAUAUGGCACUCCUCAAGCAGCGGUUCAGCACUGGAACGUACUCUUCGGCGAAUGCCGUGGAUUUGUCGGAUGUGCCAUUCCAGGAGGAGACUCUCUGCAUACAGGUAUUGAGUAACGUGUACGUCGCUAACAUAAACACAAUAUGCCAGCCUAGCAUGCUGGCGCUUCGGCGCAUCCGCUACGUCGUCAACCUGUCCGGCCGUGAGCUACCGCUGCUGCCCCUCUUCCUGGUAACCCAUGAUCUGUACAUUUCCGACAAGUGCAUCACCCCGUCCCUGUUCAAGUGCGGCAGCGAUUUCAUACAGGAGCACCGCGCCUCCGGGUAUGGCAUCGUCGUGUACAGCGAGCAGGGUGCGUCGCGCGCUCCCGCGUGCAUCAUUGACUACCUGAUUCGGCACGAGGGCCGUGCGCUGCUGCCCGCCUACAACUUGAUCAAGUCGCUGCUGCCGCAUGUCUCGAUGAGCCUGCGCCUUUUCCAGAUGCUGCUCAGCGUGGAGCGGAGCGAGCUGGGCGUGAACAGCAUGGAUGCCGAGGACUACAUCCACGAGAAUCUCACCUUGCCACGCCUCAGCCACUACGUGUGA